CGCAUACGUAAUAGCGAAAAGGUACUAGCUACUAGCCUUCUUUAGGUACCCUAGGUAUUGGCUUCUACCUAUUACCUAUUACCUACCUAAGUACCUAAUCUUAGGCGCCUUAUGCUAUAACCAGCGCUGCGCUACUGCAUCAGCGUCCACAUCCACAUCCCCAUCUUACCUACCUUGCCUCUACUUUUUUUCUCAGCUACCCUAAGCAACCACCUGAGCAGCCAGUUCUUCCCCGGAGGUCAGUGCUCAGAUAAGAAUUACCUACAUUCUUCAUCCUCUUCCACGUUGUUGGCUUUGUUUUUUUUAGUCUUUUGGUUCAACGUCGAGACCGUUUACGACCAUUUGCCUGACUAUUACGCUCGUUCAAAAUAUCUCAAUUGGACUGGAUCCUUGAUCGCAAUUUAUCUACCGAUUAUCUACUGACAUACUGAUUCAUAUACAGGCAGUUUUAUUUCUGUCUUCGGUAUCUCGGCGCUUGUUGAAUUAAUGCAGUUCGCUUAACCGGCAACAUCAGGUAUUCUCAAAAUGCGUUGUGGACGCGUCUCCUGUCUCCUGAACAAGUGAAGAAACCGAGACAGGGAAAAGACGAUAAAGGACUGAUCUUCACUUUUUUUGAGGAGGGUGCCAAUUCCCGGCACCCACAAUUUGGCACGGAUAUGUCUCCUCUUUCUCGCUCUUCACAACCUCCCGCGAACCGCCUCGCGUCCGUCAAGCCCGAGGCCGUGGAAGGUCAAUUAUCUGAUGACGACGAUUCCGCCUUGCAAACGCUAGCGACUGAUUCUCCCGCUGGAGAUACGCCGGCGUCUGCCGCCCUGGGCAAGGGCGCCGAAAGUUCUAGUGAGACUCCGUCUGCUCCUCUGCAGAAGCGCCGGAGGGUUACACGCGCAUGCGAUGAAUGCCGUAGGAAGAAGAUCAAAUGCGACGGCAAACAACCAUGUACGCAUUGCCAGGUGUAUAGCUAUGAAUGCACCUACGAUAAGCCUUCCAAUAGGCGCAGGAACCCAGCCCCGCAGUAUAUAGAGGCUCUGGAGAAUAAACUGUCUAGAGCAGAAACAUUGCUACGCAAAUUCAUGCCAGACGUUGACCUCAAUGAUCCAAGCCUGGACCCGGCGGUUCAACAAGAAUUUCGCAUUCGGGAGCAAGCCAGAUUACGAGCUACCACAUCCAAGGGGAAGCAAUCAGGCGGCUCGUCAUCAUCUCUAGAUGCUCAAUUGCAUUCUAUGAUCGAAACCGUUGGCCAACUCGACCUCGACGAGAAGGGCAAUUAUGAUUUUCACGGAAACUCGUCUGGUUCGGUCUUCUUCAAGAGGAUGAAAGAUCAUUUCCGAAGUCUCUUAGGUAGAGAUUACCAAGUACCAUUUCUUCCCCGACCGCCUCGGCCUACGGGUGUUAUGACCCUUGAUUCGCCUAGAUCGUCAUCAAGCUCGCGUAUGCCGCAAGGCCACAUUCCAAGCAUAUACGAAUUGCCCGCGAAGAAACGAGUACUAGCCCUGUGCUCCGAGUCUCUUAACAAUGCGACGUGUCUGCUACGAAUCGUUCAUAUACCUACUUUCUAUAGAAUGCUGGAUGGCCUUUAUGAGAAGUCGCCGGAUUCGUUUUCGAAAGAAGAUAGGAGAAGUUUAGCGUUGGCGUACGCUGUUAUGGCGCUGGGCUGCAUGUACAACCUUCCUGAAGAUGAUGGUUCCGAGACUCCACCGUACAAGAUCUCGAUCGACGAAGCGGUCAAAUACUACAGCGCAGCAAGAGUCCUUUUGCAGGAUAUAACCGAAUGUCGGGAUCUGACAUCUCUUCAAGCAUUGCUCUUCAUGAUACUUUUUAUCCAGUCAAUAUCGAAUCUAAGUACUUGCUACGGUUUUGUUGGGAUUGCUCUACGGUCAGCAUUGAGGAUGGGGUUGCAUCGACACCUACCGCAGAUUCAACUAAACCCGAUAGAAUCCGAAACAAGGCGAAGAGUGUUCUAUAUAUGUCGGCAAAUGGAUACAUACGUAUCUGCUUUACUAGGGUUCCCGUUACUUCUAAACGACGAGGAUAUCGACCAACCUUUGCCAACUCCUGUAGAUGACGAGUAUAUUACGAAAGACAAGAUUAUAGUGCCGCCUCCGGGAACGCCUUCUUUCUUCGAAGCUUUCAAUGCUCACGUAAGGUUGAUGGACAUCCUAGGAAAAGUUGUGAAACACAUCUACCCAUUGAAAGGGAUGGAACAAAAUGAGGGCGAAGGCGUCGGAGAACCCUACGCAUCCUAUAUGAUUAGCUAUGGAAAAAUCAAAGAAAUGGAGACAGAGCUUCAACGAUGGAAUGAAGAUCUACCCAUCGCUUGGCGGCCGGAUCCUGAAGGACCUGUCGAAGUCGUUCGGGUACGCAAUCUAUUGAGGUUUACUUUCGCUCAUGUGCAGAUGGUUUUGUACAGACCAUUCCUGCAUUAUGUUUCCCCACGCAUCUCAGAAGGCAAGGAUGUGAAUGACCGCGCUUACGCCUGUGGCGCCGCCGGCAUCAGUGUCGCUCGAAACAUAGUACAUAUCGGGACGGAAAUGCGGAAACAAGUUCCCCUUGUCGGUCCAUAUUGGUUUACCCUUUUCACCGAAUUCUUUGCGGUCAUCACCUUGGUAUUCUUCGUGUUAGAAAACCAAGAGAAGGAUGGAUCUAUGGAAAUUCUUGCAGAUGCUGUUGCGGGCAAAGAGAUGAUUUGCGAACUUUCAAGGAAGAGUAUGGUUGCGGAUCGUAUAUCUAGCUCAUUGACCAUGCUCUUUGACCAAUUGCCAAGUAACUUGAAAGAUAUCAAGGCACGAACGGGACCAUCUCGAAAGCGCCCCGCGUCAGGAGAAUCCCGGAACAGCACCACGCUGGCAUCGCAUCCGGGAUACUCUACAGAGUCGAUACAGUCCCAACCCGAGAUGGCUAAUCGAUCUCAGGGCAUAUCGGCUAAGAAAGCUGGAAAGGCCCCAGCUGGACCCAUCCCGCCAGGAAUCCCCAUUGGCAAUUCACCCCUGCCCCAACCAGAACUUGGAAGCCCAUUUACCACCGCCUUCCCGUUCUCACCGUUGGAUUUAGAAAUACCCUCGCCAGAUUCCGUCACCGCUGCUGCUUUGCACGAGCCUAGCCCACUAGACCUGCAGCAACAUGCAUUUAGUGCGGGUAAUAACCCGAUCCACCAGCUUGAUGCUGUGAUGUUCCCUUCGGACGAUCCCUUAGCCUACCCCAACCAACCUCAGGUUGAAUUUGGUACCAACCCGUCUACGGUGCCCAAUACUAACCCGGGAGACAUUUCGCACCACGAGCCUUCUCAGUUCUACGCACCCAAUUUCUUUGAAGGUAUCGAGGGGCAACUCAUGGGUCCGUUACCGCCGUAUUUAAUGCAAUCGCAAGGCCAGCCUGGUUUUAACUUCCCGGCUCAGAUGUACUCAGACCCGAUGUUGCUGCAAAUGCAUACUGUAGAGCACCGACAGUCGCAGCCGCAGCCGCAUCCUCAAUUUCAACCAAGCCAAUCACGCUUGUUUCGACGACGGGGUCAACAGUCAGGGGAGAUGGAUGAAUUAUUAGCUAAUACGUCGUGGCAUGGAUCGUUUCCCCAACAUGGAAUGGAAUAGGAUUAUGAAUAGAAAAAGGAUACCCCUCUGCAUGAGCGCGAUAGUAGCACGUCUACGAAUGCUUUACUUAGACGAACCUUC